AUGAAGGUGCUGGUAGCUAUCAAGCGCGUCAUUGACUAUGCAGUCCCUGUGCGUGUCAAACCGGACAAGAGCGGAGUGGAGGCUCUUAUUCCCAAAAUGAGCAUGAACCCCUUUUGCGAAAUCGCUUUGGAGGAGGCUGUGCGGCUGAAGGAGAAGGGUGUGGCGGGGGAGGUGGUGGCCGUGUCCCUGGGUCCCCAACACUUCCAGGAAACUCUGCGCACAGCACUGGCCAUGGGUGCGGACCGAGCUGUGCACGUCUCGUCUGAGGCGUGUGGGUUAUCCGCGCAAGGGGGCGAGCAGCCGCAGCCUCUAGGGGUUGCUCGUGUGUUGGCGGCGCUGGCGAAGAGGGAGAAUGCGGGGCUGGUGCUGCUGGGCAAGCAGGCCAUCGACGACGACUGCAACCAGACGGGUCAGAUGGUGGCGGGGCUGUUAGGCUGGCCUCAGGCCACGUUCGCAUCCAAGCUGGAAGCUGCCAAGGGCGACCCACGGGUCCGAGUGACACGGGAGGUGGACGGAGGCCUGGAGGUGCUGUCACUGCCGCUGCCAGCAGUUGUCUCAGCCGACCUGCGACUGAACACCCCGAGGUUCGUAACGCUACCCGCCAUGAUGCGUGCCAAGAAGCGACCUAUCGAGUCGGCCACCCUGGAGCAGCUGGGGCUGUCGGCUGCUGACGUGGCGCCCCAGCUUCGUACGGUGGUGGUGGAGGAGCCCCCGCGGCGGAAGGCAGGCAGCCGGGUGGCAGAUGUGGGGGAGCUGGUGCGGCGGCUGAGAGAGGAGGCCAGGGUGCUGUGA